AUGGCAGAUCAUCAGAAAGAUAAAAGUGAGAAACAACAACAAGAACAACCAAACAAUGAUAAACCAUCUAGUGUGUUUGUUAUUCCUUCUACACGUAGAGGUAUAAAUGCAGUACAUGUGAAUGCCGCUCGGGAAAUGGUUAAAUUGCAUACUCAAGGUAGAAAUCCACCAACUUCAUCAUCAUCAAUGGGUAGACAAUCAUUACCAAGUAUGAUUUCCACAAGUGGAGCUGCUCAUAAUUCAAAAUUUCCAAUUUCACGUCCUACAGGAGCAUCAUCAUCAUCUUCUUCUUCAUCAUCGUCGACAUUUCCAUCUAGAAGUGAAUUACCAUCUACAUCAAGUAGUUUCCCAAAAGUUUCAAUUCCAUUACAUCAUGAUGAAACAGAAUGUAAAAAUCCUCAAUGUCAACAUUGUGGACAAAUCAUUAUACCUUCCCCACAAUCUUCAUUUCCUAUACAAGACAAACCUUCAAUUAGUAUAAAUUCAUGGAGUAUUUACACCACAAAGAAACCUAUUUUAAAUUCCGUUGAACUUGAUAAUCUUACUACUAGAUUUGAAUUCCCAUUACCGGAGAUGAUAUUUGGGAAUAGUAGUGUAAGAAUAGUUAAUGAUAAAACCAAUGGAAUUAUUGAAUUUAAUGCAUUAGAUGCAUUGGAUACAUUAGAAGAUGAUUGUGAAUUCAAAGUAAGUUAUCAUGAAGAAUGGAUUAAAUCAAGACGAUCUAAACAAAGUGCCAUUAAACAAGAACAAGGAGUUAAAAAAGAUUUAACUGAAUUUACUGAUAAUUUAGAUGGAUUAAAACCUUAUGAUUGGACAUAUUCACCAAAUUAUAAAGGAAAUAUUAAAAAUAUUGAUCUUAUACAAAAUAAUUCAAAAGAAAUUCCAAUUGAGAAAUUAACUAGACCUGAUCCAAUUUUAUUUUAUGAUGAAAGUGUAUUAUUUGAAGAUGAAUUGGCUGAUAAUGGAAUAUCAAUUUAUAGUUAUAAAAUUAGAGUUAUGCCUACUUGUUUACUAUUAUUAUCUAGAUUUUUCCUUAGAAUUGAUAAUGUGACAUUUAGAAUCAGAGAUACAAGAAUUUUCAUUGAUUUUGAAACUAAUGAAUUAAUAAGAGAACAUAAAGUUCAACAAGAUGAUUAUAAUAAUGUAUUGAAAAAGAUUGGUACCAACAAAAAUGAAAAAGAUCCUAAAAAAUUACUUAGAGAUCCUAACUGGGUAAGUAUGAAUCUUCCAGUUAUAAGUAGAGAAGUAGAUAUAUUAAACCAUUGA